AUGAGCAAUUUAUUUAAUUUACCAUUUUCAUUUUCAACUAAUCCUCAAACAUUAAAAAACUUAUUACAACACAGAAAAAAUAUUCAAACAAACUCAAGUGAAGACAAAUGGUCUGAAAAAGCAAUUCGAGGUUUAAUCAAACGAUUAACUAAAUCGUCUAUGAUAGAUGAUUUACAAGCAGCAUUAGAAACACAAAGCCCACAAACACGUUGUGUAACAAUUUCAAGAGAAUCACAAAAUAAAUUAGUUGAACCAAAUCCAUCACAAACCGUCCGAAAAGCUUUUCACGAUGUUACGCCUGUAGUUGCAUUCUGUCGUAUAUGGCGUUGGCCAGAUUUAAAUACUCAUUUAGAAUUACGACCAACCGAUACAUGUGUAUAUGCGUUUCAACAUGAGAAAGAUCAAAUAUGUGUUAAUCCUUAUCAUUCAGAACGAGUUGUUGCACCAUUUAUUGCACCAAUCCAAGUACCUGUGUGUGAUCGUGCGGUAUUUGACUCGACAAAAAGUGACCGUAUGCAAAUUCAACCAGAUUCAACUGUUCCGAUGGAUUUUGCUACAUCACCCAACGAUCAACAACGUACAGCUGUGAAUAGUCCAGCUAGUGUACAAGACAAUUAUGAAGCUAUGACACCAACACAAGCAUCUAUGAAUCUACAACAAGUAGCAGCAACAAAUUUAAAUGGUAUUCAAACAGCUUCGAUUGCCUAUGCUGAAACACCAUUUUGGUGUUCUAUACUUUACUAUGAAUUAAAUCAACGUGUUGGUGAAACUUUUCAUGCAUCUUUAAAUUCUCUUGUGAUCGAUGGAUUUUGUGAUCCAAAUGCGUCGGAUCGAUUUUGUCUUGGUUCAUUAACAAAUGUAAAUCGUACUCGUGAAAGUGAAGUUUGCCGAAAUAUGAUUGGUCAUGGUGUGAGACUUUAUUAUAUUGGCGGUGAAGUAUUUGCCGAAUGUUUAUCGGACACUCCGAUAUUUGUGCAAAGUCCAAGUUGCAAUCAACGUUUCCAAUGGCAUCCAGCGACUGUUUGUAAAAUUCCACCACGUUGUAAUUUAAAGAUCUUCAGUAAUACAGAAUUCGCUCAAAUGCUUAGAGAAACAAUUCAAUAUGGAUACGAAGCUGUAUUUAAUCUUACACGAAUAUGCGCUAUUCGUAUGAGUUUUGUUAAAGGAUGGGGAGAAGAAUAUCGACGACGUACUAUCAUGAGUACUCCAUGUUGGGUAGAAAUUCAUCUUAAUGGGCCAAUGCAAUGGCUUGAUAAUGUUCUACAACAACUGCCGGCGCCUGGUAAUGAAAAUUUAAUGUGGUGUGAACUACCAUCAAUACCAACGGCUGAUAUAGUACAGCCCUUACAAUCAAAUUGGACAAUACCCCUAUCAUCACCUAUGAAUGACAAACAACAGUUAUCUUUUAUUUAUCAACCAGGCGUUGGAUUGUAUGAUAAAAAAGUUGAACUUGAUCAAGAUCUGAGAACAUCAUCAACAACAGAGGAUGUCGAUGAGCGAAUUCACUCAUUUGAACUUUCACCUCCAUCAUCGGCAUUUACAUCCGAUGUUGAUUAUCGUUGGUCAUCACCAUCUUCUAAUGAAUCUUCAUCACCAAAAACAAAACCGAAUAAUUUAUAUAAAUCUUAUUUACGACGACAAAACGAACAAGAUUCAUUGCCAACCCGUCAAAAAUUAUUUCCAGCAGAUGAUUUAAUGUCAGAUCAAAACAAAAAAUCUUCUUCAUCAAAUGAUGCAACUUGCCUCAUAAAACGUAUUGAUGUUAAUAUAUCAGCAAAUCAAGAAAAUAAUCAGAAACGGAAAAUUGAUCAAAAUUUAUGUUUGAAUAAAAAACUGCAUCGUUCGCCUGCAUCAUCAAUAGCGAAGCAUCAUUCAUGGUCGAGUGUACAAAAACAAUCUGAAACUAUUUCAAAGUCCCCUUCCUCGAAUUCAACACAAUCGACCGAUGAGAAUUUUAAAUGCGAAAAAGAUCUACGAGACGAAGAAUUCAAUCAUCAAAAAACUAAACUUAAUUUAACGAACGAAAAACGAAAAUAUUCACCAAUUAAAAUUCAAUCGAAUUCAAAUGAACGAGCACAAGAACAAUCUUUAGCAGCAUUAAUAAAAAAUAUUCCUAUGGUUAAAAAAACAUCAUGUGGCAAUCCAGAAGUAGAAAUAAAUUCUAUUGAACAAAAUAUUCUAUUAAUUCCAUCCCAAGGUUUACUUCUAUGCCCUAAAGAAGAACCAAUGAAAAAGAAAAAGAAAAAGAAAAUAUCAACAACAACGAUGAUGUCCAAUACUGAAUCACUUGAAGAAGAUUCAGUUCUUGAUUCAAUUUUAUUCAAUGAAAUGCAAUCGGUUCAACAGCAAUGGCAACAAUUUUUAAUUCUGACUAUGGAAAAAGAAUUACAUAUAAAUCCAUCAGAUGGAAAAAAGAAAGUCAAAGUCAAUAAAUUCAAUCGAACCAGUGAAUUUACAUUAGCCUACGAUAAUCUGUUUGAUUUUGAAGGAAUGAAACAUUGGCAUCCAACGCCAAGAGAAGAAGAAAAACAACAAGAUUUAUUACUUCUAGAUAAAGAUAGUAUGUCAAUUGCUUCUCCGACAACAACAACAACAACGAUGAAUACGAAUUCAUCACCAACAUCAAAUCCUUUAACGACACUUUUACAUUCAAUAACUAAAAAACGUUCGAUAUCACCUAUCGUUCAACGUUUUGUUGGUUUAUGUAUUAACCAAAAUAAACAGAAUGAAAUAAUGUCAUCACAAUCAUCGAAUGUUAAUGAACAUACAGAAAAAGUAAUACGAAAUUUAGUUAAAAAAUUGACGAAAAUAAAAAAGAAUGGCUCCAUUGAUGAACUUGAAAAAGCGAUUUUACAUAAAGAUUCAAGAACGAAAUGUGUAACAAUUCCAAGAUCACUUGAUGUUCCACCAAAUCAAUCAUCGAAAUCAAAUUCUGUAGUUAUCUAUUGUCGUCUAUGGCGUUGGCCAGAUUUAGCCAAUCAAAAUGAACUUAAACCUGUUGAUUAUUGUCCAAAUGCAUUUCAUUAUUCACGAGAUGAUAUUUGUAUUAAUCCUUUUCAUUACGAACGUGUACCAGCAAAAUAUUCUGUUUAUGUUCCACAUUUACCACCGGAAGCAAUUCGUGAUAUGCCUAAUUUACGCUCAGCUUCAACGAAUGAUAUGUUACCAAAUCUUAUACCUGAAAAUACAACUUAUCAAACAACGAUCGAUCAACAACAAUCACCAUUAUCCUAUCAAUUAUCACCUGGAAGUAUCAGUUCACAAGAUUCUCUUCUUUCGCCAACUGGUACGACUCACAACGAUGAAAAUAAUCAAAAUGCUCAUGACAAUCGAAUGGAUAUUGAACUUAUUCCACCUGUAGUCACUGACACGACACUUCUCUUUUCCCAACAACGACUACCGACAACAUCUCCUCAUCCAUCUCAAUAUUCAAUAACCAAUGGCGAACAAGUACCAUUUGAAGAGCCUCAUGAAUGGUGUCUUAUAUCCUAUUAUGAAAUGUCCACACGUGUCGGCGAACAAUUUCAUGCUACACAACCACAAGUUAUCAUCGAUGGUUUUACGGAUCCAUCGAAUGCUGAACGCUUUUGUUUGGGUGGUUUAACAAAUGUUCAUCGAACAUUUGAAAUCGAUAAAGCUCGACGCCAUAUUGGACGUGGUGUGAAAUUGUAUCAUAUACGUGGAAAUGUAUUUGCUGAAUGUAUAUCAGACAAUGCUGUUUUUGUUCAAAGUCCAAUAACAAAUCGAAGAUUAUCAUGGCAUCCAGCUACUGUUUGUAAAAUUCCGCCCAAAGUACGGCUGAAAAUAUUCGACAGCGAUGAUUUCACACAAAUACUGAGUGGUGCUGUCCACGAAAGCUAUGAAGCUGUUUAUAAUCUUAUGAGAAUGUGUAUCAUUCGAAUGAGUUUCGUGAAAGGGUGGGGUGUUGAAUAUAGACGUCAAGCAAUAACAUGUACACCGUGCUGGGUAGAAAUUCAUUUGGAAGGUCCAUUAAAAUGGCUUGAUACGGUUCUUUUUACGAUGCGCGGCCCAACCCAAUCGAUUACGAGUGUUUCUUGA